AUGUUCCGCAACGGCGCGACACGGAGCCUCCUCCGCUCCCUCAAUGCCCAACCCACCCUCCGCAACACCCAGUCUGCCUUCCGCCCGCAACUGAGGUCGCAACUAUGCACUCUAUCCACCCGCCGGCCACAGGCUCUCGCCGUGGGCAAGCCAUUGGCCCUGCAGCUCAUGCGUGCUCAGUCCAGCAACACCCGCGGCCCCAUGGACACGAUCGACACCAAGCGCGAACAGAGCAUUGCCCAGCAGAAGCUGGAAGUCGAUCCUGCCCACGUUAGCAGCACCUCCUCGAUUCACCCUGUCCUCGGAGAGGCCAAGACUGAAGAGAGCGGCGAGCGGGAUACUGAGAUGCUGGCUGGUGUCAAGACAGACUUGCAAACCAUUCGUGAUACCUUCAGCCUGGAGGAUGUCCCCAGACAGGCCUACUACAUUGGUCUCGCUGGUGUCCUGCCCUACGUGGCAACCUCGGCCAGCACCAUCUACUGCGCGUGGGAGAUCAACCACGCCGCGGCCAAUGGCGUCGGUUUCCUCAUGAGCGAAAAGACCGCUGAGCUCAUGCUCCACAUCCUUGAGCCUCUGCAGGUUGGCUACGGCGCCACGAUCAUCUCUUUCCUUGGAGCCAUCCACUGGGGCCUUGAAUUCGCCAAGUACGGCGGCCAGCACGGCUACUCGCGCUACUCGAUCGGUGUCAUUUCUACCGCUCUCGCUUGGCCUACCAUUCUCCUUCCCGUGGAGUACGCCCUCAUCUCGCAGUUCUUGAUCUUCAACUUCCUGUACUACACCGACUCGCGCGCCUCGAAGAAUGGCUGGGCUCCACCGUGGUACGGGGUCUACCGUUUCGUCCUGACCUUCAUCGUCGGUGCUAGCAUUGUCGCUUCGUUGAUCGGCCGUGGACAAAUUGCCGACCGCAUCGGCCGUCUCCCGGGCCCAGCCGAUCGUGUCAGGGAACUGCGCGAGCACCAGCAGCAGGAGUACGAGAACGAGGAGGAGGCCAGGAGACAGCUGCUGGCUGAGAAGGACGAGGAAGAGUAA